CGGGAGGUGAUUAUCUGAAUGCUUAUUAAGAAUUCUCUUAUAUUCUUGGAGAUUCAUAACACACCGGGAAGGGGGCUGGCUGAGAUGGUGGGAGAAACAUCGAAGAAGCUGGAUCACUUUCUUCUGGAGAAAGUGCUGCUGCUGCUGAUUUUAUUCUCGCUGCACACGACUCGUUGGGGAGCGACUGCUUCUUCAAUCCAGCUUGACAACGGCACCCGCACCGCCCUUGAUUACCAGGGCCGCAUGGAGGAGCCAGAGCUGCUCUUCGAUUCGGAAAUAAGCAGGAUGCUUGAUGACUAUCCGACUGUCACUGGGGGCACUAAAUCCCCUAAUAAGCCUGCAGUUUCCGAUUGUGAACGACCUCCAAGGUACAAAAGCUGUCUUCACGAUAAAACCGGCAGUAAGACACAACAAAAGUGUGAAACCUACACACGCGGUUGCAAAUGAUAUUGGCAAAAAUGUUUUCUAUCUACUCUUAAAAUAAAGUCUUUGGGGAGUGUGUGUGUGUUUGUUUGUUUAAUUUGUUUUCCUUUAUAGCUUUCUGAUCAUGCAUUCCCUAUAAUUUAUUUUGGAUUGUUGAUAAUUUUACACGACAUAAAAUCGCGAAUUGCCA